AUGUUAUUACCUCUUUUUUCAGACACUAAAGGGUCUAAUAUUGCACUAUCAAUGACCUCAACUUCAUCAACUACAAAUAAAAAUAAUGUUGAACUUGUAUAUUGCAAAAUUUGUAAGCAUAGCUUUGCUGGCUCUAGACAAACUUCCUAUUUAUAUACUUGUAAAGAUAGCAACUAG